AUGCGAAAGCACUUGGAGCAGUGGCAUGGGAGCAUCGACACCUUUGGUAGGGGUGACCACACUGCUGACACGUGCGUGCUCCACCCGGCGGGUGUAGCGAAGUCGUCGGGGCACAGCUCCUUGUCAUCGUCGUCCUCAUCGUCGUAUUCAACGUUAUUGCCUUCCGCCCUGCGACACUCGAGCGGGCUUGCCGGGCGCCCGUCGUCAACAGCAAAGGCUCCAUCUGGGUCCUCACUGUCAGGAAGGCAUAGCAGUGGGGUGAAAAGGCUAAAACGCAACAACCACACGCUGGCCCCCGUUGUCCAGGUGGAGCGAAUGCCACUUCCACGACAGCCUCAAGACAUGGCCACCCGCAACAGCUCGCCAGGCAUUGAAAAGGAAUUACCGUCACCCCAGCAGCCACCACCUUUAACCCCUGGAGGGCUAGGAAUGCUGGCUGGGCCGGGGCCAGGGCAGCAGCAGCAGCAGCAGCAGCAGCAGCAGCAGCAGCACCAGCACCAGCAGCCUAUUUUUAUGUCCACUGCCCAGCAUGAAUGCAUCUCCCUGCGAUCUCCAAUUACCCCUGUCUUCUUGCGCUAA